AUGUCGGUUUCAAAUGAUACAAUGGGGUUCUCUGAAAGAGUUUUACAGAAACAAAGGGACAGAGUAAGAGAAUCUAACACAUUCAAUAACAAUGAAUCGUUGGUAAUAUUCCCAAAACAGUCGCUUUAUCUAAACCAGCUUGCUAGUCUCCGGGAUUCUCUUUUAGUCGAACAACACAAGAAGCUUUUUAAAGACUUUCAGCGUUUUCGUAUUGCACAGCAGCGUACAGAAGAACAAAUGGAAAAAGUUCGAGUUGAGCAUCAAACUAGAAAAUCAAAAUUGUCAAGAAAGACUCCGAUGUUAUUUGAAAGACUUGAUCACAUUCGAUUUGAACAUCCAAGUCAGUUAUCUCCCCUUACCACUCUAGUUGAAGGCCGAAAUAUUACAAGGAGAAGCCAACAGUUAAAACCAUACUUACCCAAACGAAAAAAACAUGCAACAAAGCUACAAAUUCUGGAGACUGUAAAAUUAAAUCUUCCUCGUUUGCCACAAAAUCUACGCAAGUCACCAAUCAUUUCUUUAACACCUAGUAAGACAGACAAAAGGGAUCCGUCUGUUAUUCCGAGUCAACCUCUAUCUAGAAAGCUAACACCUAGAUCGAAACAGGCUAAAGUUACCUCGACGAGGUCACGAUUACGUCCUCUAUUAGCAUGUACCCCAAGAGAUCGAUGUAUCGAACAAGUAAAAUUUGAACCCGUACCUGACGGUGAUCGUAUGAAUAUCGACCAAAUUUUUACCGAAUGUUUAACUUUGUAUGAGGAUAAGAAUUCUUACCACCAACGGCUGACCUUAUCAACUGUUAGACGUCAGCUCGCAAGAUCUCACCGGGGAUCAAAUAUAGGAUGGAAUGCACAAAAUAUAAAAUUACCUCCAAGACUUCCGAAGAUUCUAUACAAAUCAGAUAGUACGUUGUCAGUCUUGAACAGUAAUCUUAACGACAACUUUCAAAAUAAAUACAACGAAGGUCGUCACAUUGAAAAACAAACAUUUACAUCUCCUUGCAAACAAAUCAUUGUGGCUAUGCCUGACAUUGUCUUGGACAAUGCGAGUCCCGUGCCUGGCACAAGUCGAGAAUCGUCACCAACUGGAUCUCUCAGCAAAACUAUAAAACAAUCAGAACUCAGACAAAGGGAGAUCAAAAACCUUUUAGAAGACGUAAAGGAACUAAACAAACAGACGCAACAAUAUACCGAGGAAAAUAUAAACUUGUGUGUCAAUUGA